AGUUAGAUCAAAUAUGAGUUCGGAUUCAGCGUUGCUAUUGGAAACCGUGAACUUCGCCGCAGAGAAACACAAGUACCAGCGGCGCAAAGACCCAGAAGGCACCCCUUACAUCAACCACCCCAUCGGGGUGGCUAGAAUUUUAAGUCAGGAAGGUGGAGUUACGGACAUUGCAGUUUUACAGGCUGCACUGCUCCAUGACACAGUGGAGGACACUGACACCACCCUGCUGGAGCUGGAGGCCAUGUUUGGGACGACAGUGGCGCGGAUCGUCCAGGAGGUGACCGACGACAGGUCCCUUCCCAAACAGGAGAGGAAACGGCUGCAGGUGGAGCACGCCCCCCACUGCAGCCACCAGGCCAAGCUGGUCAAACUGGCUGACAAACUGUACAACCUGAGGGACUUGAACCGCUGCACUCCCACUGGCUGGACAGCAGAGCGGGUGCAGGAGUAUUUCCUGUGGGCAGCCGAGGUGGUGAAGCGUCUGCGGGGCACUAACAUAGCACUGGAGGACAAACUGCAGCAGCUCUUCAGGGAGAGAGGCAUCGAGUCCUGACUCCCAUCGGCAGAGACACCCCGUCCACAAUCUCUACACUACCUCUUCUCCGGUGCGGGGCUCCUUACUCACCUGACGGGAGCAGAACUGGCUCUGCCCUAGAUAGCACUGGCCUCGGCACUUACAGCUCGCGUUGUCUUUUGGUUGUUUCUGUAUUAUUAAAGACGAAUGAUUGUAUUCUG